AUGUGCCAUCACAACGGAACUAUCGCUGUUGGAAAGAAGGAAAUCGAGUGUAUCUGUCCACCACCAUGGGACGGAAGAUUCUGUGAACGUUUGGCCUGCUGGCGAAAGACAAUUCCAACUCAACAGCACAGAUACCGUAACAACGGAGAUCACUGCAUCUGUGGUAAUCAUUAUUCUGGAGAGAACUGCGAUGUCGUCAAAUCGUGCUUGAAUGAGGGAAAACUCGAGAAUGGAAAGUGCAAUUGUCGUGAUGGAUGGCACGGAGAGCUAUGUGAUAAGAGAUGUCCAAAGGGACAUGUUACAGAGUUUGAAAACGAGUAUUUGAAACAGUGA